AUGGCGGUCCAAAUGAUUAAUAAUAAGGGGGAGUGCUUGGCGGCUGAAGGGGCGUUGGUGGAUGAGGUUCGUCGUCUCAUUGCAUCCAAUGAUCGUUCUACUGUUCAGUAUGUUUCUCGUAGUGCUAAUGGUGCUGCACAUCGGAUAGCGCGAUUUACUCUCUAUGAUAAUGGUCUGUCGUUCUAA